AUGUGUACCCUCGUAUUAUUUUUAUCAUUAAUAACAAUAAAUAGGUUAUCAUUACUAACACAAGCUGUAAAUGGACCAGUACAAAGACGUUUUGAAUACAAACAUAGCUUUCGUGCACCUGAUUUAUGUUUACGUGAUGGUAGUAUACCAUUCUGGUCUAUAACUGGUGAUGCAGUAGCAUCCAGUGAACAACUUCGAUUAGCACCAUCGAUGAGGAGUCGGAAAGGACUUGCAUGGAACAAACGAGUAAUGGCUGAGUCAAGUCAUUUUGAAGUUCAAGUGGCUUUUCGAGUAACUGGACAAGGUCGUAUUGGUGCUGAUGGUAUUGCUAUCUGGUAUACUGCUCAGCAACCUACUCUUGGUCCUGUAUUUGGAGCAAAUGAUUACUGGAUAGGAAUGGGGCUUUUCUUGGAUUCAUUUGAUAAUGAUGCUCAGAAAAAUAAUCCAUUCGUGGCGUUAAUGAUUAACGAUGGUACCAGGCAGUAUGACCAUCAGACAGAUGGGUCGCAGCAAAUGCUUUCAGGUUGUCAAAAAGAUUUUCGUAACAAACCAUAUCCGGUACAUUUGAAAAUUGAAUAUCUUAAUAAUGUUCUUACUGUAUCAUUAUCCGAUGGUCUACAGGCUACACCCCGCUACGAAUUAUGUAUUCGCUCUGAAAAUAUAUUUUUACCGAAGAACGGGUUUUUCGGUAUUUCCGCUGCUACGGGUGGUUUAGCAGAUGAUCAUGAUAUUGUUGAGUAUAGUGUCUUUUCAUUAUAUACCGAUAGAGCACCAGCCGCUUCAGCUCUUCCGCAAGAAGAAAAACAGAAAUAUGAUGCCGAAUUUGAAAAACAGAUGAAGGAAUAUGAAAAAGAACGACAAAAAUAUAAGGAAGAGCAUCCAGAAAAAGCAAAACCGGAUACACUGGAUGAGGAGAUUGCUGAAAUAUACGAAGAUGCAUCGCAAAGAGAAAUGAGGAUGAUUCUUGAAAUGCAAACAAAUAUCCAUCAAAUUCUUCAACAUUUGGAAGGUCGAUUACAAGAUAUUAGUCAACAACAAAAUGUGCAAUCUUCAAUGAUACAACAGUGUGCAGGUAGAGCUGGUGGAGCUGCACUUGGUGGAUCAGGUCAAAUGGCUAUCGAUACUGGAAGUUUUCAGUUACAUGAAAAGAAUGAGGCUUUACAGUCACUACGAGAUUUAACAUCUAAUGUACGUGAUAUGAAGACCUAUGUAAAUGAAAUCUUCACUCGUACUUAUAAUCUCGAGCAAAAAAUGGGUACUGGAAGUGCAGUAGGAUCUCCAUCUGGCACCACAUCAGAUCCGGCUUUACGACCUCUUAUUGAAGCAAUACAAAAUGAUGUGCGACAAAUUAGAACGACGCAACUUGGAACGCCAAAGGCACAAGUUGUUGGUGACAGUUGUACGAAUAUAUCCUGUUUGUCGUCUUCAUUUUUCAUGACUAUUAUUUUAGUGCAGAGUGCUGUUAUUGUGCUCGUCCUAUGGAUAAGAGGCAAGCCGGAGAAAGCGAAAUUUUAUUGA